AUGUUGGGACAAAGCAUCCAGAGGUUCACAACCUCUGUGGUCUGUAGGAGCCACUGUGAGGAGGGUCCAGGGAAGAAUUUACCAUUUUCAGUGGAAAACAAGUGGUGGUUACUAGCUAUGGUGACUUUGUACUUUGGGUCUGGAUUUGCUGCACCUUUCUAUAUAGUAAGACACCAACUGCUUAAAAAAUAAUCCAUGAGACAGAUACGAAG